AUGAUACACACCUCGGCGUUGCUAGACACUUUAGCGCCCCAAUUUCGAUGGAUCCGAGUGCAAAGUAGGACUAAAAAGUACCUACCCUUCUAUCUUGAGACGCGUAAAAGGGCUGGACGAAAAAAUAUUAAGGAUAGGCAGCCUCCCACUGUUACAACAGGGGAGGCUGCCACUUCGGACAGCUCGCCUAAAAAUGACUUUGUAAGUCGUUUAGCGUCGCCAGAAGAAGCAAUGGAAGUAAUUAGAAGUAUACGAUGUAGCUUAGGAGAUAUAGAAACCUCAAGUGAGCAACAUAUAUUCAGACUAUGGACCCGGCUGGAUGUUACUCGAGUAGCACUCAGAGGUAUGGCGAUGUUACCACACCCAGUAGGCCCAAAGCCACGUGUUGUAGCUAUAUGUGAAGAUGAUGAAGCAAGGUUAGCAUUGGAAUGUGGUGCCUCGUACGCAGGAUUGGACUCAAUACUCGAGCGAAUUGCCGGAGGGUGGACGAACUUCGAUACAUGUGUUACGACCACUGUACAUAUGCCAAAACUGGUCAAAGUUGCGCGUAUAUUGGGACCAAAAAAACUUAUGCCCAAUAUGAAGGAAGGAACACUAGCGUCAAAUCUGCUAGAAGCAGUACGCCGUAUGAGCAGCGCAAAUUCGGUGCAGUUCCGAGCGUUGCCCAUCGAUGAACCGGAAUUCGAAAUGCUGCAAGCAGCAGCAUUCAGCGGCAAGAAACCUGAUUUUGAUGCAGACCAUAUAGGUGUAGUAGAAGUACCUAUAGCUACGGGAGACGCGACACCGCAAAACGUAAUAACAAAUGCAAAACAGUUUAUAAGAGAGGUCAUGAGACAGAAACCGACAACUGCUACUAAGACUGAUAAUAGCCAAUUCCAGUGGCCACCGCCACGUAAAAGUGCUAAUGCGAUUCUUGACGCCUUCUCCGCACUAGGGAACGAGGGAAAGGUGGACAAUGAGUUCAUACUGGCCAGUGCACUGGGGAUAGCACAUAAAGGCAAAAGCGUAAUGACACCGAUAAUGGUGGACACAACACAACUCAUGUGA